AUGUCUGCUGAACUUUCAAAACGGAAGCAGAAAAGAGGUGCGGUCAGAGCAUCUACGACUAGAUUGUUCGGCGAAAUCGAACAUGAAAUAAAAAAUGAAAUUCCGAACAUUGAAACUUUAGAUGAAUUAUUGGCUAAACUUAUUGAAAAGGAAUCUUUAUUGAAGGAACUGGAUUUGAAAAUUGAAGAUUUGAUUGAAGUUGACGAAAUUGAAAAGGAAUACGAACAAUCGGAAGAAUAUUCUGAUAAGAUUAUUGUUUUAAAAACGAAAAUUUCAAGAAUUUUAUCUUCGUCGAGUGCUAAGUGGCUAAAUAGAGUUUCGGAUCCAUCUGGUGAUGAAUUACACUGCUUUUGUGAUGCAAGCAAAAGUGCUUAUGGAGCUACAAUUUAUUUGAUAUCUGCCAGUUCAACAUCUAGAUCAUCCCAGUUAGUGAUAGCUAAAAGUCGCGUUUCUCCAUUAAAACAAUUGUCUCUUCCUAAACUGGAAUUGAUGGCUGCUGUUAUCGGAACCAGAAUGAUUGCAUCAAUCCGUGACCAAUUUCCUGAAUCAAGAAUCUUUAUGUGGACUGAUUCAACUAUCACUUUGCAUUGGAUUCGUGGAUCUCCCCGGAAAUGGAAACGUUUUGUCUCAAACCGAGUCACCGAAAUUCAACAAAGAAGCGAUCCCAGUCAAUGGAAUCACUGUCCUGGCUCUGAUAAUCCUGCUGACAAGUUGACGAGAGAAGGAAUCGAAGCCAGUGCCCUUGUGCAGGACGAUGUAUGGUGGCACGGGCCUCCGUGGCUUAUCUGUUCCAGAAAUGAAUGGCCGGCUACUGAUGAUAGUCAGUUUUCACUGACUGACGAUGUCCAAACUGAAAUAAUGACUGUUUCUUUUAUUGCAGGUGCUGAUCCAGAUCCUGUGCUCAAAGUUGAGAACUUUAGUACUUUACGUAAAUUAUUGCAUGUUACAUCCUAUAUUUUCAGAUUCAUUAAGAAUUUAAGGUCUUGUGUAAAACAAAAUGGGACAAUUACGAGUACUGAAUUGAAUCCCAAACUUGAUGAAAAUAAGAUUCUGAGAAUUAAAAGUCGUUUAGCUAAUUCCUCAUUAGAUGUCAGUGAAAAGUGUCCAAUAAUAUUACCUAAUAAUGAUUAUUUUGUUGCUUUAAUUAUUAAGGAUUGUCAUGAAAGGGUUUUGCAUGCUGGUGUGAAUGACACUUUAUUGCUAAUAAGAAGUAAAUUUUGGAUAGUGAAAGGAAGACAAUUCGUGAAAUCUGUUAUAUAUCGAUGUAAAAUUUGUAGAAGAUUUAGUGUUACUUCUGGUAAGCAAGUAACAGGUAAUCUGCCUGUUGAUAGAAUCGAAAAAUCUCCCCCAUUUAAUAUAACAGGCAUCGAUUUUGCAGGACCCCUUUAUUUAAGGGAUGGUUCUAAGUGUUACAUUGCAUUGUUUACUUGUGCUGUGACUCGUGGGGUUCACUUAGAGUUAGUGUCUAGUUUAAAAGUUGAAAGUUUCAUUCAGGCUCUAAGAAGGUUUUUUGGACGCAGGGGCAUUUGUAAAAUAAUUUAUUCAGAUAAUGCCAAAACUUUUAAAGCUGCUGAUCGUGAAAUUAAAUAUUUAUUCAAAUUGUGUAAAAAUGACGAACUUCUACAAUACUUAGAAAAACAAGGAAUUGAGUGGAAGUUUAUUGUCGAAGGUGCUCCAUGGUGGGGUGGUUUUUGGGAGCGUUUGGCUAACAUCCCCGGGCUGAUGGAUUGGAUUACGCCAUGA